GUUGCUACUGUUGUUAGUAUAUUUUAAAUAUAUUUAUAGUAUAUUAUUAUUUAUUAUACAUAUUAUUAUUUGCAUUAUUAUUACAUAUUAUGGAUAGUUUAUAGGUAUCACCGAGAUGCUGCUUUCGGUUGUAUAUAUUAUUUCUAAAACGGAGUUACACACUUACACUACUGCUGAUUUGAUUGAGUGGACACAUAAUUCAAUCAUAUAUAUUUCAGGUGCUUAGAACUUAAUUAAUCAGAACUAGUUAACUGAGGCAAAAUCGAAGACUUUUAUCGACAGGUUUUAAAAUAGACUCACGUUAAAAAAUACGUAUUAUAGGUAUCUCAAUUUUAUCGGAUUUCUUGUAUCAGCAUAGUAUAUUAUGUUAUUAUAUAUGUUUAUUAUUUUAUACCUAAUAUUAUGCGGAUAUACCAUAAUGUUAUCUUGUCUAUACCUGUUAUACCGCUUCGUAGAAUAUCCACUGUAUUCUAUUUGUCCAUAAACCGUUGGAUAACGAAUUCCAACGGCAUCUUAUUGCUCUGCCAUUUCGCAUAACUCGACAUUUUUUUAAACAUUUUUUUUUUUUUCACAAACCAAUAUAUUAUAUUUUUACAAUCGAUUUAAAGGCCUUUUGUGGUUUGGACGCGGGCAGUUUGCUUUUCACGUCUGUGAUUGACGCGCGUCACAAAAUCAUAACCAAACCGCAACAACACACGCAAGAUCCACUCAGUAUAAUUAUACGCACAGAUCAUAACAAUAUUAUUAUUGUGUGCCACGGUGCGUACAACAUUAUUUAAUAGAGGAAGUUCCCGCUUAACAAUGUUGGUGGGAGUGGGUAGUGGGGCGGUCCGCAAGUGACGCAAAAGAGAGCGUUCGAUAAGCGCGUUUGGUUGGAGGGGUGUGUGGAGGGGGGAAUCCGUCCGGAUGGUGAGCUGAAAUCCUCGUGUCGUCCGCGCGUUGAACGAUGCGGUUACGGACGACAGACGAACGCGCGCGUGGCCAACCGAACGACGUUACGUAAAUAGUUACUCCGCGUGGCGGUACUCGCGUUUGUCGUCGUCGUCGUCGUUGUAACGAUACGCGAUAGUCAUAAUAUUAUAAGUCGCGAUAGUUUCGAGCCACACAUUCGCCGCGGUCGCCGCCGCAAAGAAAUGGCCGGCGGCUUGCAGUGGCCGCGGUCGUUCUGGACCUCGGUGCUGUUCCUGUCGCUCCUGUCCACGGCGGCCGCUCGUUACCGGUUGCUCGUGUUGCAUACCAACGACAUGCACUCGCGGUUCGACCAGAUAGACGCGAUGGGCGCGGAGUGCGUCACGUCCAGCCCCCAGUGCUACGGCGGUUUUCCACGUCUUAAGACGGCCGUCGACCGGGAGCGCCGCCGCGCCGACACCAACACCGUCGACGGCACGCUGUUCCUCAACGCCGGUGACACGUUCCAGGGUACGGCGUACUACUCGUUCUUCAAGUGGCGGGCCGUCGAACGCAUGAUACGGACGCUCGGAAUCGAUGUCAUGUCUUUGGGAAAUCACGAAUUUGACGACGGUGUGAGAGACGUUGAAUCGUUUUUACGAAGCAUAACCAUACCAGUAGUAGCUAGUAAUCUCGACCUAACCGACGAACCUGCACUGGCCAGUGAGCCAAACUUGAUGAAAUCUAAAGUUCUGACGGUGAACGGUCGCAGAAUUGGAAUUAUCGGAUACUUAACGCCGGAAACAGAACGUAUAGCACAAACGGGCAACGUAAAAAUAUUGCCAGAAAUUCCAUCGGUUGCGGCCGAGGCGAAACGUCUGAAAAACGACGGGGUGGACAUUCUCAUAGCGUUGGGACAUUCUGGCUUCGAAAUGGAUAUACAGAUAGCCAGAGACGUCGAGGACAUCGAUUUGGUAAUUGGCGGACAUUCAAAUACGUUUUUAUACACAGGAAAACCACCGGGUACCGAUAAGCCUGUCGGUCCGUAUCCUUUUAUGGUGGAACAGCCAAACACCAAAAGGAAGGUGCCCGUUGUCCAGGCAGACCACAUCACCAAAUAUUUGGGUGAAUUGUGGAUGGAGUUUGAUGAUACCGGCGAAGUUGUAACAUGUUAUGGAAACCCAAUUUUAUUGGAUUCCAGUAUCAAACAAGAUCCCGAAGUAUUGAACGAAUUAAGAAUGUUGAAAGAAAUGGUUGAGAACAAGACUAAACAAGUGAUCGGUUCGUCCAGCGUAUUCUUGGAAGGCGAAAAUGAAUAUUGUAGGUUCAGAGAAUGUAACCUGGGAAAUUUCAUAACUGACUCAUUCGUUGAUUACAAUAUUCGAAAAAAUAUUAAAUCGUUUGACUUGACCAAAUACUGGACCGAUGCGCCCAUAUCGUUGAUACAAGCUGGAGGGAUACGGACAAACAUCAAUAGUUUAAAUAGAAGAGGUAACAUCACUUUUGGAGAUUUAUUGUCGACGAUGCCGUUUAAAAAUGAUGUAGGUAAAAUCACGACUACGGGUUUAGACAUUUGGACAGCUUUUGAGUACUCCGUUCGGCGGUACAGCACAACGGUGUCCAACGGUGAAUUCCUACAAGUUUCAGGAUUAAAAGUCGUAAUAGACUUUGGUCGGCCCAGUGGCAAGCGCGUGCAAUCCAUUCACGCUAGGUGUGGAAAUUGUGCCGUUCCCGGGUACGAGAAAUUGGAUUUAAACGCCAACUACACGAUAAUUAUGAGCAAAUAUUUGUCAAGUGGCGGGGACGGGUUCUCGUUCAAAAAAUUGGUAAAAUAUCAGAGUUUCGGAAUAUCCGAUUUUAACAUCGUGGAAGAAGAGUUCCACGUGAGGUCACCGAUAUGGCCGGAAGUCGGUCAGCGGAUAGAGCUGCUCAACGUGAGAGAGUUGAACAAGGUGCAGACAAGUACUAGCAGCGAUAGCCAACGCCUUUCGACCCCUCUGUCCGACCUGACAUUAUUACUGUUCACGAUCGCGGCCACGUUGUGUCUGACGGACCGACUUAUAGUAUUAUGAUAUUAAUACAGGAUCUAUAUAUAUAUAUAUAUAAAUAUAUAGCGAUCACGCAACAAUUUGCUCAUGAACAAUAUUAUAUUUUUUAAUAAUAUGUUUUUACAUUUUAAGUAUUAAUAAUUGAUAACGACGACGGCGACGUAUUUUCGUUUAACGGCCACAGCAGUAUUGUUUGAAUUAAUGCUUUCAGCAGCGGAAGCUCAAAAAUUAAAACGGACCAAGUGUCAAUAUUAUUAUAUUACAGCCCACCUGCCGAGUACAUAUACACGGCUUGUGUAAAUUAUAAUAUUAUAUAUUUUGUGAAGUUGUAGUCGUGUAUAGAUAUAAUAAUAAUAUGUGCGUGUAACGAUUUUUGGAAGAUAAAUCGACAAAACGUGCACGACGAGCAGAAAAAAAAUUACUUACCACGUAUCACUGGACAGUAUGAGAGUACGUGUACAUUAUAUCAAUAAUACUCACGUGCAUUUACGUUACUUGAAAUGUACGAUAUUUUAUGAUAUUGAAUAACAUUGUAAUAAUGGUUUUUAAUGGGUGGUUCUCACUUUUUUUUAUAUACACGUGUUUAUAAAUUAUUUAAUAAACGAUUUUUUAUUAACAUGCCUGAA